CUCGCAAUGACACCUCGAGCAUUCUUCCUGGCAGCAACUGCCCUAGUCUGGCCAGCUUUCACUCAAGCUUAUACCCUUAAGGACAACUACACCGGCAACAACUAUCAGGACUUCUUCAGCAAGUUCACCUUCUGGACCGGGACCGAUCCCACCAAUGGUCUUGUGCAAUAUGUGGAUGAAGCCUCAGCCUGGAGCAACGGCCUGAUCGGCAACGGAGGCAACAUCUAUCUCGGGGUGGACAACACCAACAAGGUCGGCAAUGAGGGUCGCAAGAGUGUCCGGCUGACCGGUAAGACUGCCUACAGUCCCGGGACUCUCAUCGUGGCGGACAUUGCAUACAUGCCCCAAGUCUGCGGCACCUGGCCGGCCUUUUGGAUGACAGCCGCGUCCGAUGACUGGCCACAGAGCGGCGAGAUCGACAUCGUUGAAAACGCCAACAACGCCCAGAACAACCAGAUGUCGUUACAUGUCAGCAACAAACAGGGCCAAUGCACCAUCACCUCCAACCCUGCAAUGACCGCGACCAAAGACCGGUGGAACAAUUGUGCUGAAGAGGCCAACGGUGGGUGCGAUGCCAAUGACCCGCGCACCAACAGCUUUGGAUCGGGGUUCAACAACAAUGGUGGAGGCGUCUAUGCAAUGGAGUGGACUGCACAGGCGGUGCGCAUCUGGUUCUUCCCCCGUGGUGCUAUUCCAAUUGGCGCGAGCGGGCCUGUGGGAUCGUCUCCGAAUCCGGAUACUUGGGGAACUCCGACUACGGUUUUUGAGAGCAAUAAUGGGAGUGGGUGUGAUAUGUCCACCCAUAUCAAGAAUCAGCGGAUUGUUAUCGACACCACUUUCUGUGGGACUUGGGCGAGCGGGGCGUGGUCGAGUUCUGGGUGCGCGGCCGAGACUGGGUAUGGAUCUUGCGAGGAUUAUGUGAAGAAUGUGCCUGGGGAUUUCAAGUAUGCUUUCUGGACGUUCAAUUUGAUUAUGGCCUAUACUUGA